GUCCAACAGAUACACACAGCAGCUCCUCCACAGAUAAACACCUUCCUGAAUGACUAUGCCGCAGUGGAGAGAAAUAAUGAAUGGAAAGGCAGAGUGCAACAGGGCAGUGGUGGUGUCAGUGGCCCAGUUUGAUUAUGGGGUAGAACUGGGGAGGAGGCCUGGAGCUGAGAAGGAUGCCAAGAGGCUCCACCGAACCCUCAGCAAACUGGGGUUCAAGGUGGACCUGCACAACGACCUGAGCAGUGAAGAAAUCUACAAGCUGUUUCAGGAAGAGAGCAGACGACCUGUCAAGGAUUGCUUCUUGGCCGUCCUUUCGUCUCACGGAGAGGAGGGUUGCGUGUUUGGAUCGGAUGGGAAACCUGUCCUACUGUCUCGUAUCUUCUCAUACUUCAACAAUGAAUGCAUGGAGAACAAGGUCAAACUGUUCCUCAUUCAGGCGUGUCGAGGUGGUGCUUUGGAUGAUGGAGUGGAAGUGGAUUCAGCUGUUGAUACCACAGAUUUCUUUCACCUUUCUGUGCCAGUGGAUAUGGCUGUAAUGUACGCCACAGCACCAGGUUACGGAGCUUUCAUGAAAUUUUCCGGCUCAGUCUUCCUCCAAACUUUCUGCACUUUAUUAGAGGACAAGGACCAUCGGAAACUGGAACUGACCCGCCUGAUGACCCGGCUCUCCCACAGGGUGGCAUACACCUUCCAAGCUAAAGGUCGUGAGUUCGAUGGGAAAAAAGAGAUGCCGUGUCUCCUAACACGCCUGACCAGAGAAGUGUUCCCGUUCGCAGGGAUGGAGAAAGACAGCAAAGCUGCAGGACUCUCAGCCACGACUCUAGUUGGCACAGAUAACAUCAGAACCCGGACUCCUUCCAUCAGUUAGACUGCAGCGUGACGGCACACCUGACUGAAAAUAUGAAGGCAGCGCUUUUCACCAGGAUGCAGAAGAGAAAAUUCUGAUUUCCCCUUCAGGAAACGUCUGAGUUUGUACAUCUGUCUGUACAUAGUUAUCAUGUAUUUAAAUGUGGGAAAGUUUUAUUCUAUUUAUGUCAUAUUGUGUUUUAACUCUUUAUUUUUCUAGAGGAAGAUAAAUAAAAUGACUACCUAA